GCCAAUUCUCCAAAGAAGAAGAAGAAGGAAGAAGACGAAAAAGAGAUUUCUGCACAAGUGAGUCAUGCAGAACUUGUAGAGAGUUAACCAGUCCUUGACAUCCUCUUCAAACUCUUUCCUUCUGUUAACAUGAAGCAGAAGAAAACUGCUCGCAGCCAGUCAAGAAAAGAGCCUCCAGUUGCAAAUACAGCCAUUAAGAGUGAAAAGAAGACAGAGGGAAACUCUUUCUUUAGCUGGCUGUUGGUGCUCGCUCUUCUGGGCGCUUGGUUGUCUGUGGGUGUCGUGUGGUUUGACCUCGUUGACUACAACAGUGUGGUUGGCACACUUGGAGGAGUAUAUGAUGCUGAUGGCGAUGGAGACUUUGAUGUAGAAGAUGCCAAAGUUUUGUUGGAAAAUGCUACUGUGGCUACAAAGGAAAAAACCUUAAGAAAAAAUGUCACGUCGGAGGGAGACCGUAUCCAAGAAGCCCCUUCCAAGCUUACUUAUGAGACACCUAAAGAAGUGGGGUUAAAAAAAGACGGAGAACAUCCUACCAGAGAUAUUGGGCGAAAGCUGAAAGCCUCUCUGAAGGAGCAGCUACGAAUGAUUCAUGAGAAGAUUGAGGCCAAAAAGAUUGCCAAAUUAGCCCUUGCUGAAGUCCGUAGUGUUUUGGCUCAAGAGGAAGAGGAGAGACAAGCUGCUCUUGCUGCUAAAAAAAUCAAAGAAGAGGCAGAAGCUAAAUUACAAAAGGAACGUAUACAAAGAGAACAACAGGAGAAACUAGCCAAGGAGAAAGCAGAAAAAAUAAGACUGGAGAAAGAAAAAGCGGAAAAAGAAAGACUGGUCAACGAAAAAGCAGAAAAAGAAAGACUAAGCAAAGAAAAAGCAGAAAAGGAAAGACUGGCCAAAGAAAAAGCAGAAAAAGAAAGACUGGCCAAAGAAAAGGCGGAAAAGGAAAGACUUGAGAAAGAAAAAGCAGAAAAAGAAAGACUGGCCAAAGAAAAAGCAGAAAAAGAAAGACUGGCCAAAGAAAAGGCGGAAAAGGAAAGACUUGAGAAAGAAAAGGCAGAAAACGAAAGACUGGCCAAAGAAAAGGCAGAAAAAGAAAGACUGGCCAAAGAAAAGGCGGAAAUAGAAAGACUUGAGAAAGAAAAUGUAGAAAAAGAAAGACUGGCCAAAGAAAAGGUGGAAAAGGAAAGACUAGCCAAAGAAAAAGCAGAAAAAGAAAGACUUGAGAAAGAAAAGGAAGAAAAAGAAAGACUGGCCAAAGAAAAAGCAGAAAAAGAAAGACUGGCCAAAGAAAAGGCAGAAAAAGAAAGACUUGAGAAAGAAAAGGCAGAAAAAGAAAGACUGGCCAAAGAAAAGGCAGAAAAAGAAAGACUUGAGAAAGAAAAGGCAGAAAAAGAAAGACUGGCCAAAGAAAAGGCAGAAAAAGAAAGACUUGAGAAAGAAAAGGCAGAAAAAGAAAGACUGGCCAAAGAAAAAGCAGAAAAAGAAAGACUUGAGAAAGAAAAGGCAGAAAAAGAAAGACUGGCCAAAGAAAAGGCAGAAAAAGAAAGACUUGAGAAAGAAAAGGCAGAAAAAGAAAGACUGGCCAAAGAAAAGGCAGAAAAAGAAAGACUUGAGAAAGAAAAGGCAGAAAAAGAAAGACUUGAGAAAGAAAAGGCAGAAAAAGAAAGACUGGCCAAAGAAAAGGCAGAAAAAGAAAGACUGGCCAAAGAAAAAGCAGAAAAAGAAAGACUUGAGAAAGAAAAGGCAGAAAAAGAAAGACUUGAGAAAGAAAAGGCAGAAAAAGAAAGACUGGCCAAAGAAAAGGCAGAAAAAGAAAGACUUGAGAAAGAAAAGGCAGAAAAAGAAAGACUGGCCAAAGAAAAGGCAGAAAAAGAAAGACUUGAGAAAGAAAAGGCAGAAAAAGAAAGACUUGAGAAAGAAAAGGCAGAAAAAGAAAGACUGGCCAAAGAAAAGGCAGAAAAAGAAAGACUGGCCAAAGAAAAAGCAGAAAAAGAAAGACUUGAGAAAGCCAAAAAGAAGAAACCAAAACUUCUUAAUAAAUUUGACCAAACAAUCAAAUCUGAGAUCAACGCUGCAGAGAAAUUACGCAAGAAGGGCAAAGUUGAGGAAUCUCUCCGCGCUUUUGAAGCUCUUGUCCAGAAAUUCCCACAUAGUCCGAGGUGCCGAUACGGCAAAGCCCAGGCAGAAGAUGAUUUGGCAGAGAAGAUGCGCAGUAAUGAGAUGCUGCUGAAGGCAGUGAACACGUACAGAGAAGCAUCUGAGCUCCCAGACACACCACCUGACCUCAUCAAAGCCACAUUAAAGAGAUGUGCAGACAGACAGCAGUUCUUAGGUCGUACAAGGGGAUCUUUAGCUACUUUGGAGAAGCUAGUUCAGAUUUUCCCAGAAGACAUCAGCUUAAAGAAUGACUUGGGAGUGGCACAUCUGCUCCUGGGUGACAACAAGAGUGCAAAACGAAUAUAUGAAGAGGUUUUAGCUGGAGCUCCACAUGAUGGAUUUGCUAAAGUGCAUUACGGCUUCAUACUUAAAUCUGAAAACAAGAUCGCAGAGAGCAUACCGUACCUGAGGGAGGGUUUAGAGUCCGGAGAGCCAGGAACCGACGACGGGAGGUUUUACUUCCAUCUCGGAGAUGCUUUACAGAGAACAGGAGACAAGAGUGCGUAUGACUGGUACGAGGCGGGGCACCGGCGGGGUCACUUUGCCUCCGUAUGGCAGAGAUCUCUGUAUAAUGUCCCCGGGCUCCGUGCUCAACCUUGGUGGACGGCGGAAGAGACUGGAUAUACAGAUUUAGUCAAGGCGUUGGAACGUAACUGGCUGACCAUUAGAGAUGAAGCGUUGUCAGUGUUAGACAGCAACAGUGGGCAGUUCUUGCCAGAAGAUGAAAAUCUGAGAGAGAAAGGAGACUGGGGCCAGUUUACACUGUGGCAGCAGGGUCGAAAGAAUCCUUCUGCAUGUCGCAGUGUCCCUAAAACCUGUGCUUUGCUGGAACGUUACUCAGAAGCCACUAGCUGCAAAAGAGGCCAGAUCAAAUUCUCAGUAAUGCAGUCUGGAACUCAUGUCUGGCCACACACUGGACCCACGAACUGUCGUCUACGGAUGCAUCUCGGCCUCAUCAUCCCUCCUACGGGAUGCAGGAUUCGCUGUACAAACCAAACCAGGGAGUGGGAAGAAGGAAAAGUAUUAAUAUUUGAUGACUCAUUUGAGCAUGAAGUCUGGCAGGAAGCAGAAAGCUACAGACUCAUCUUCAUCGUGGACGUCUGGCACCCAGAGCUCAGCCAAUCACGGAGGCAGACUCUCUCACCCAUAUAGAAAAUGCGUCCAAUCACAGAGCUUUGAAAAGUAGGUCAACAGCCAAUCGGAGUGACAGAUUUACUGUUCUCAGCCAAUCGCAGUUUUCAUAAACCACAAAUAUCUAAGGCAAUGUGAAUGUGUACGUUUUAUGAAUCAUACUGUUUUGCGUUGUGAGUAAUAUGAGUGUGAUUUUUGAAGAAUGGAGUGAAAAAGGACAUUUCACCUAAUAUUCAAGAUUUAAUUAAAGCAAAAAUGAUUCGAAAUCAUGUUUCAGAAGGAUGUGUUUUUAGGGCUCAGCAGUAAAAUUAAAGACACAAUGUACAUUUUGAGAUCCAUAGAUUAGGUUAGAUUGAAGGGUUAUUUUUAAUAAAGUUAUGGGACCAAUUAAGAGAUCAGAAUAUGAGAGAAUUUUGAUCCAGAGUUUUUGCUGUUUCUUACAGAAAAACGGAGACUUAAGUCACUUUUUAUGAAGUUAUAGAUAUGAUUGAACAUUGCACUGUAUUGUUCGUGUAUGUGUGUGCAGAUGAAUACAUAAAUGAUCAGGUGUGUUAAGAGAUAAAAACAUCACUUUGUGCCUUUUCCAAACUUACAAACUAUUCCAUUAAGAUCAAGAACAUGAUCAGGUCCUCAAAAGAAGUAAAUAUGAUGUUGUAUUUUGCAUAAUGCAUUUUUUCUUUUCUUUUUGGGUGAAAUGUGACCUGGAAAUGUUUAAUCAGAUUCAUCCAAAGCACAUGUUUUAUUAACACUAAAGAUUCCACAUGAUUUUUGUAUACGUACGUGUUUGUUUACACGAUUUCAACAUAAUAAAACACUAAUCAAAAUAAUAGAUCUGUUCAAAGACACUUUGGGUUCCAGUGUAUUCAGGUUUGUAGUUGUAGAUCAAGGCUUUCUCCUCUUCCUCCACACUGGCAAAGCUGUGAAAACUCUUCCUCGCUGUAAAAACAACAGAAUAAAUGAGGAGAAAUGUCA